UUAUGGUAAAAGCAAAGUGCUUUGUUUGGUUUUUGUGUCAGACAGCGGACAGAAUGUUAAAGCCUUGAUGUUCCUCAAAGGAAGCACGAUCCAGCAAUUGAAGAUGCUGCAGGGUGGAGAGCUGGGAAUCCUGGACUGUUCUUGGCUCUGCCAUUCAGGCACUGCAUGACCUGGAGGGAGGCUUCCCGUGCUUGCAAGUAGCCUCAGCCGUGGAGAUAGGAACCUCACCCAGCAUCCCAGCUCCCUCUGACUUCUUGGGGUUGCAGCUGCUCUGUGGCACAAGUAACAGCCUGGCAGCUCAUCUGCAAGCACUGGCAGCUCUGAUCCCACGCUGGGAGGACACGCGUGGGUGCUGGGCAUAGAGCUGCUUUUUGCAAGUAUCUGAAUACUCGCCCAUGCUUGCUUUCUGUGGCACUUAAGGCCUACAAAACCUGGCUUUGCUGCUUUUCUUUCUGUAUUAGAGUUGAGCAUUAAUUAAAUUGCUAUUAAAUGCCCUGAGGAUGUAAGCUAGAGACUUUCAUUUUAAAUGCAAAGCAUCUCACAGCUGGAGGAUUUUGUUUUCUCAAUAUGGCUGUGAGCAUAUUUCUUGCCCAGGAAUUCACCUGGCUCUCUUGGUCAUGCUUUAGCUUCGAUCAUGCACUCUGCUUAGUACCUUCUGGUGUAUCUUUGAGGUCUGAGGAGCAGCGGAAGGGGAGGUAAUGGAGGAAGUUGCACAUCUCUGAAGCUUCCUUAAGAGAAGGGUAUGCUUUUCCUCACAAAGAGUCACUCCCUUCACAGCUGGGUGGGUGCCGGUACGUGUUCAGAGCCAUGACUGUGCCCUUGGGGCUGCUGCUGGCCCUGUUGGGCUACAUCACAGCACUGGACCCUGCACUGGAGGAGGCCUGGGAAGGGUGGAAGAGCCUAUAUGCCAAGGAGUACCCUGGGGAGGCUGAAGUCAUCCGCAGGGAGGUCUGGGAGAAGAACCUACGGCGCAUAGAGCAGCACAACUGGGAAGAGUCGCAGGGGCAGCAUACGUUCCGCCUGGGCAUGAACCAUUACGGGGACCUGAUGGACGAGGAGUUCAACCAACUCCUGAAUGGCUUCACUCCAGUGCAGCAUGAGGAGCCAGCACUGACCUUCCAGGCAUCGGCAGCUCAGAAGACCCCAGCAGAAGUGGACUGGAGGGUGAGAGGCUACGUGACACCCGUAAAGAACCAGGGGCACUGUGGAUCAUGCUGGGCAUUCAGUGCCACAGGGGCCCUGGAGGGACUUGUCUUUAAUUGGACGGGGAAGCUGGCAGUGCUGAGUGAGCAGAACCUCAUCGACUGCUCCUGGAAGCUGGGCAACAACGGUUGCCAAGGUGGCUACAUGACCCGUGCCUUCCAGUAUGUGCAUGACAGUGGUGGCAUGAACUCCGAGCACGUCUACCCCUAUGAGGCCACAGACACCUCUAGCUGCCGAUACAACCCUGGGGACAGGGCGGCCAACUGCUCCACAGUCUGGCUGGUGGCCCAGGGCAGUGAGGCAGCACUGGAGCAGGCAGUGGCAACUGUGGGCCCUGUGUCUGUGGCAGUGGAUGCCAGCAGCUUCUUCUUUCACUUCUACAAAUCAGGCAUCUUCAGCAGUAUGUUUUGCAGCCAGAAGGUGAACCAUGGGAUGUUGGCUGUGGGCUAUGGUACCAGCCAGGAGGGCAAGAAGAAUGUGAGCUACUGGAUCUUAAAGAAUAGCUGGUCAGAGGUGUGGGGUGAGCAGGGCUACAUCCGCCUGCUGAAGGGAGCCAACAACCACUGUGGGGUGGCCAACCAGGCCAGCUUUCCUCUGCUGUGAGAUCCUGGACUGGAAGGAAGAUGGCACUCACUGGGAUUGCUCCCCUGCCUUGCUGUGAGGAUAGGGAUGCUUCCUUCAGGAAGGGGCUUUUGUCUGUGUGAGAAACAAUUAAAAAUGGCAUAGCUAAUCACUCUGUGCCUGCUAAGGGGGGCUAAGGCAUGGCUAAUG